CACAGCUGGCAGGCUCUCUAACGUGUGAGCGGGUCGUCAAAGCGGAGCUCCGCUGCCUCCAGAGAGCCGCUCAUCCGCCGCCGUAGACAUCACUCUGACCCCGUUGUGAGCCCACCUGGAUGUGACGAUGGCCGACAGCUCACACUGUUUCUACUGUCGUGAAGACCUCGGGGGGAAGAGGUUCGUACGUAGCGAAGGCCGGCCGGUGUGCGUUCGCUGCCACACCAAGUUCUGCGCCAACUCCUGCGCCGAGUGCCACCGACCCAUCUCUGUGGAGACCAAGGAGCUCAGCCACAAGGGCCGAUAUUGGCAUGAGGAGUGCUUCCGUUGUGCAAAGUGUUACAAGCCUCUGGCCAAGGAGCCCUUCAGCACCAAGGACGACCGCAUCAUGUGUGGGAAGUGCUGCUCCAGAGAGGACGCUCCACGCUGCCACGGAUGCUACAAACCCAUCCUGGCCGGUACAGAGAGCGUGGAGUACAAAGGGAACUCGUGGCACGACGAAUGCUUCACCUGUUGCAACUGUAAACGACCAAUAGGAUCACAGAGUUUCCUCUACAAAGGAAACGACAUUUACUGCAGUCCCUGCCAUGACAAGAAAUUCGCCAAACACUGUGUCAGCUGCAAGAAGCCUAUAACCUCUGGAGGAGUGAACUACCAGGACCAGCCGUGGCACGGUCAUUGCUUCGUGUGCAGCUCCUGCUCAAAGCCUCUGGCGGGGUCCAGUUUCACCAACCACCAGGACCAGGUCUUCUGUGUCGACUGCUACAAGACCUCUGUGGCCAAGAAAUGCAGCGGCUGCCAACAUCCCAUCACAGGUUUUGGUAAAGGAGUGAACGUUGUGAACUACGAGGGCAGCUCCUGGCAUGAAUACUGCUUCAACUGUAAGAAGUGCUCCCUCAGUCUGUCCAACAAACGUUUCGUAGCAAAAGGAAGAGACAUCCUCUGCGCCGACUGCGGCAACAAAUAGCGACGGACAGCUUUCAGUGAUUUACGUUACCAUUCUGAUUUUUAAAAAGUAGCUUUUCAGGCUUUAUUUUUAUAUAUAUACAUUUCAGUAUAAUCAAGUUGAGCUUUGGAGAGAUUAAAUGUUAAGUGAUGGGAACGAUAAGACUAAAAUGUCAUUUUUAGCAAAUGUUGAUGGUUUGCUCUGAUGCUGCACACUGAUGCUACAAAACAGUGGUUUGCCCUCCAGCUCUGAACAACUUAAAAAACUGUGAGUUGGGCAGUUUCCUACAGGAGACAUAAAAUAUGAUAGUCCGCAUAAAACUAUACAACCUGGUGAUGCAGCAGAAAGAAAAAAAACUACUAUGCUGGAAUUCUAAGAGCUCCUGGUUGGGAGUCUUCAUUUUCAUUCAACACAUAUUUCACUUAAGAGUUAGCAUGAAGCUAAGUGCUACCUUGUAUUUUUAAAAGCUAAGAAAUGGUGAUAUAAAUUGGAGAUAAAAAUGUGAUUGUUUGAAUUGCAUUUUUCAUCUUUUUCAUAACGUAAAAAUAGCUGAUUAUGGUAGUGGCUUUAAUGUCUACUUUUUAUUUGAAAAGUGCCAUCAUUCUGUGCUCAAACAAGCAAAAUCAUAUGUGUAAUUGCUAACUGAUAUUGCUUUGCUUAAUGUACAGUAUGUUUUAAGUAAAUGAAACUAUAUGCACUUUUACUAAUUGUUUUUUCUCCAAAGAAAGGGGAAAAUAAAUACCAGUUUUGAAAUAUAUAUGCAAACUGCAUGCCUUGAUGGGUUGUUAUAAUGGAAUAAACUUUCUACAAAACUUGAGAAA